GAAAAGGCCUUCGCAACGCCCUUUUGCUUCCUAGUCUCCCCCUCCGCUCUGACCGUUCCCCUCUUUUGAUAACGGUGUCUGAACCCCUCCCUCUCUUUACUUUAUAUCCCCCUACCCCCAUAGAGUUCUUGCACUGCAAACUUGACCUUCACGAUGCACUCGCUCUCUGCUUUCCUGCUCUCUCUACCCGUAGUCGCACUUGCCGGCCAUGGUGCGGGUGCACAUCGCCGACACCACCAUGCUCGCGCCGCAGACAUUGCCGCGCGUCAGGCGCCGACGGCCUAUACAUUGGAGGAUGAUUAUUCGGGACCGGACUUCUUCAAGGGUUGGACCUUCUUCACCGACCCGGAUCCCACCAGUGGACAGGUCAACUACCUUAGCCAGUCAGAUGCACAGGCGGCCGGUCUUGCCUUUGUCCAGUCCGACAACACCACCAAGAUUGGUGUCGAUUCAACCACUCAGCUCCAGCCUGGCCAGCCUCGUAACUCCGUCCGUAUCCAAACCGUGAAGACUUACGAUAGCGGCCUCUUUAUUGCUGACUUCUUCGCCAUGCCCCAUGGCUGUAGUGUAUGGCCUGCGUACUGGACCGUUGGGGGUAACUGGCCGAAUGAUGGCGAGGUUGACAUCAUUGAGGGCGUAAACCAGAACGUUGAUAAUCAGAUCACCCUCCACACCGGUCCCUCGUGCGUCAUGAGUGAGUCGACCUCCAUGCUCGGCAGUCUCGUAGGCAACACUUGCACGUCCUCGAACGGCGCGAAUGCUGGCUGCGCGGUUGUUCAGAGCGGCAACAACAGCUUUGGCCACCCCUUCAACGAGAUGGCCGGUGGUGUCUUUGCGCACCUCUGGACCAAUGAGUCGAUUAGCUUUUGGUUCUUCCCCCGCAACCAGAUCCCUUCUGAUAUCACCUCGAUGAACCCGAAUCCCGACUCUUGGGGCACUCCUGUCGCGAACUUCCCCACUCAGUCCUCGUGUGAUAUCUCCCAGCACUUCGCGGGCCAUCAGAUUGUUCUCGACACCACCCUCUGUGGCGACUGGGCUGGCGCUGCGUUCAGCCAAGACGGCUGCCCAGGCUCGUGCUCUGAUUUCGUUGCCGAUCCGAGCAACUUCCAGACCGCUCAGUGGGCAAUCUCGUCCAUCCGGGUCUACCAGCCCUCAGGUUCGCAGUAAAGGGCGCAUCCUUCUUCCUCAGACAUCGUUUGCGGGCACACAAGCGGAGCUCGUCCACUUCACUUUCACUACUGCUGAUAUCCCGACGCUCGUUUCGCAGGCCCUGGCGUGCGCAGUAACGCCGGGUGUCUGCCUCGAUACCUGACCGUGCUUGUAGCUCAAUACCUGACUGUAUAUGUAGCUCAAUACUUGGGGCAGAGCCCCGUGCACCCCUGGCGGUGGCCGUUCGGGGCUGUGUUCCCGAGCGCUGUGCAUAUUAUUGUAAAUUUAUCACGCAUAUAACCUCUCGUUGAC